AUGAAUAAAAUCAUAAGAAUAAAAUUUUCAUUCUAGUAAUUAAUUUUGAAGCAUUAUUCAAACCAUUAAGUUAUGCAUCUAGAAUAGAUUGUGCUCCUAUUGCUGGAGUUAGUUGUAAUCCAAAAAGUCAGACUGCCUUAAAAUAUUGUACCGAUUUGACAUGCACUUAAAUUGCAACUCUAGAUUUACAUUCGAAUGAUCAAUUUGUUCUUUAAAAAGUUAUUACAACUGGUGGUAUGAAUUUCUUUCUAAUUGAUUCUGAAGUUUGAUACACUGCCAAUAAUUUGAUAGAAAAAAAGCCACAAUAAUAUCAGUCAGUAAUAAAUAAAAAAAUUAAGUUAUCAUUUAGUUAAAGGCUGAAAUUUUAUUGAGAGCAGUCAAUAUUAAAGAGAUCUCUACUUUAUCGAUAAACUAAGCAGGAGAUAUAAGAAUUUUGUUUUAAACACCUUACUAUCCUGUAAACGGGUGA